UGCCGACUUGCGGUGACGAUGGCCUCGCCGUCUAGGUUCCUUCCAUCUUCGCCAUCAAGACCAGGCACCUAUGCGCCCCGAUCGUCGUCGCCAGAUCUUCCCUCAGUCGGCGAGCUUGUCGCCCGCUACGCGAAACAGCCGACACUCCGAUCCGGCAGCAACGCUACGCCGAUCCCUGCCGAUGUCGCCACCUCUUUCACGACCGCGUCGACCCUGCUCCGAACAACCCCGGCGAUAUCUGCCGAAACACAAAGAGCCGGUGCACGGGAACCCCUUAUUACUACACCGCAAAAGUCCUUGGCCGAGCGCGAGAUCAUAGAGAUAUCACCGGAUGUCUCGCUCGUAGUACCGGAGCCGGUGUCGCGAGCAGAAAAGAGGACGAAGCAUCUUGCUGCCCCGCAAGUUGCAGCGCAGGGGUCGGAAGAAAACCAUGACAGUGUUAUAAACAUCGAUCCCUUCAAAGCGCAGUCUCGGAGAGCCCAAAGGUCACCUCCGCCCAAGGAUGUGUGCGAGAUUCCACAACCUAUCGGCCAGGCUCCCUCCAAGGUCGUCAAGCCCGCGGCCCGCAAGCCGCCGGCAGCUACUAGGCGCAAAAAGGCCGAGACUGUUAGCAGGCAUUUUUCUCCUUCUGUCACCGAACAGCCUGCCCCCGCCAAACCUGCCGAGCCGAAACCACGCCGCCCAAAGGCCAGCAAAGCCACCUCAAAAGUUACUGCCGUCCCCAUACCAGAGCCAGAUCCCACCGAUGUAGAGGAGGCCUUCUGUCUUGAGCCGGCACUACCAAGGCGGUCAGACUGGACCCCGCCACGUGAAACAGCAACGCAGCGCCCAUCAGACUCUCCAUGCCUCAGGGUUUCCGCAUCCCAGGCUCCGGUAGAUACGCAAGAGCCCUCAACUAUUGGGCCGGGAGGGGUGUUCGAGACAUUGCAGGACACAUUUGCUUGCCCCCUGGCCCAGCCACCAGGUCGUAGCCACUCUCCCGAGAAGGAUGUCCCUCCCGUGGCAGCGCUGAAAAAGAGGAAGGCGAUCCAGCUCAUCGGUCCAUCCAGAGAAGCUUCUGCCUCGAAAAACCCAUCUCCCACCAAGCUCAAGGCACCGAAGAAGAAGCCCAGAACCAUCACCGAGCUUGCUACCGCAGCCUAUAUCGCCCCAGCAUCGAACGGCGCCGCGGAAGUGGCCAAACCAGGCUCUAUUGUGAACUAUCUCGAACCAGAAGGUGCUGAGCAUGCCCUACAGCAUGGACACCCGGUCUCGAGGCCACGCAAGCCCGACAGGAGGAGAAAGGGGAAACAAGGGCAUCGCCAGCUCCUACUCUCUCCCGUAUCUGCCAUGGACCAGUCCGCACAGCAGGACUUUGUGUUUGGAACAUCCAGUCAACUGGCGCAGGAGCAGUCCCCCACUUUCCUCAAAGACCUGCACCAAGCUCUGAAAAUAUCCAGUGAGCUCCCAGAAGACCCCUUUGCCAGUCCUUCAGUGGCAGGAUCAGACAAAGGGAGGAAGCUAUGGGCUGCUGGCGCUCGUGGUGAGGACGGCGGCCUAGUCGACGUGGAAGUUAUUGACCUCCUCAAUUCGCCCGCCUUCCCCGAUGAUCCGAUGGCCGUCGUUAGGGCAGAAAUGCAGAAGAAAAUGCCAGAGAGCCCAAGCGAUAGGCUCGAAAAGGGAAGGUCCAAGAUAGCCCCCGCGAUAGAGAUCGAGUCCUCGGCGUCCGACAGCGACAGUGAAGCAUUCACUGCGCCAGUAGCAAAUACACAGUCCAAGAGCACGCACUUUUCGACGCAGCGCCACCCCUCUGCGCCGCAACCGGCUUGGGGGCCACCGGAAUCCAGGCCGCAUAUGACCCCGACCGUUGACUUGGAUGAGGACGCAGGUGACUAUGAGCCGCCGCCCAGCAACCAAGAAGCGCAACAGAUACAGCAGCUACAGCAACACGACCUUGAAAGCAGGCAAGCAGCAGCUCCCAGGCCAAAUUUUGAGCUUAUGACGGACGCCCAGUUGGCGAGCCAAGUCACCAAAUAUGGGUUCAAGGCCAUCAAAAGACGCACGGCGAUGAUUGCUUUGCUUGACCAGUGUUGGGUCAGCAAGACGGGGGGCGUUCCAGCAGCUGCAGGUUCUGCCGCGUCAAUGUCGACCACGGCCACGAUGGCACGGGCUGGCUCCAAGGAGCCCUCAAGUAAGCCGGCCACAACUUCGCCGAAGAAACCCAGGGGCCGUCCGAGAAAAGAUAGCUCCGUCGCUACCACCACGUCAGAAUCGGCUUCUGGUGCCGCUGCGCCAGCCAAGCCAAGGGGAAGGCCAAAGAAGACUGCAGCCACCGCCAGCAGCCCCAAGCCGCGGGGGAGGUCGAAGACUAGUUCCCCUGCAGCUAGUCCGAAACCACGGGGAAGGGCGAAGAAGACAGUCUCUCCUGAGGCAAGUCCCAAGCCACGAGGCAAGCCAAAGAAAACUCCACCCUCAGUCGCAGCCAGUGCCAACUCCAAGGCAAUCUCCGCCUCGAUGCCUCCACCUCCAGUCCCGGCGAGGGCCCGAACCCCCACGCGCGGCAGGAAGGCAGCGACGCAGUCGGCCAUCGAGAUUGCAGACUCGGACGACGAGAGUAACUUCUCGCGCAGCCCCCACUCCUCCCCCGAGCACGUCUUCUCCUCGCCCGGCGCCGUAGACCUAUCCGUCAGCGAAGAUGUUGACAUCACACUCGCGCCGGGCAGUCCCACCACGGCGACUAGGCAGUCCGAGGCGUUUAGCUUCAUCACCAAGGCGGUCAAGACGGCGCCGCGGUCCGACGACGUGGCGAACCCGUCGUGGCACGAGAAGAUGCUCAUGUACGACCCUAUAGUGCUCGAGGACCUGGCGGCCUGGCUCAACUCGGGUCAGCUGGACCGCGUCGGAUUCGACGGCGAGGUGUCGUCGUACGACGUCAAGAUGUGGUGCGAGUCACGGAGUAUAUGUUGUCUUUGGCGUGUAAAUCUUCGUGGUAAGGUGCGCAAGAGGCUUUGAGACCUUGUAUUUGAGCACCAGAUAAUAUUGGGCAGGGGGGAUGUAUUCAAUAUGUUUGAUUUUGAAAUGUCGGCAUUUUGUAUUUCUUAGCCUUCAUUUUUUUUCAAGGAGGCAAUAACGUCCAUAAAUUAUCAUGCGAAGACGAACCACCAAUUCUAGUCGGUUUCCCGA